GAGUAAGGGUCAAGUGUUACUCAAGCCUUCAUCAUUUCUCUUUUCAGCUUUGAUUAGUGUGGCCUAGUUGUUUUUCUCAAUGAGAAAAUCUUCCACUUUGCAAUGCACACUUUUGUGCAUUUGGGUGCUGCUUGCUAGCUUCAGUCAUGCUCCUUUUGUUUCGGCCACAACUGAAACUUCAGGGAAUGAAGUGAACACCAAUGGGAAUGCUAUAAACGAAGAGUUAGUAAAACCAAAUCUAAAAGGACACGACGAAGAAGCAAAAUUCAAAUUUAUUCCAAAGCCAAUUCCUAUAAUUAAGCCUGUUCCAAAGGUAAUUCCUAUAAUCAAGCCUGUUCCAAAGGUGAUCCCUGUUGUUAAACCUAUCCCUAUUCCAGUUUAUAAGCCUGAACCAAAGGUAAUUCCCAUUGUUAAACCAGUUCCAAAGGUAAUUCCUAUUGUUAAGCCAGUUCCAAAGACAGUUCCCAUUCUCAAACCAAUUCCUAAUGAAGAAGAAAAAUUCAAAGGGUUUUUUCCAAAACCAGUUCCUUUUGUUAAACCAAUUCCUAUUAUUAAGCCUGUACCAAAGGUAAUUCCUAUUAUUAAACCUGUACCAAAGGUUGUUCCCAUUGUUAAGCCAAUUCCUAUUUUGAAACCUGUACCCAUUGUUAAGCCAAUUCCUAUUUUGAAGCCUGUGCCAAAGGUUGUUCCCAUUGUUAAGCCAAUUCCUAUUUUGAAACCUGUACCAAAGGUUAUUCCCAUUGUUAAGCCAAUUCCUAUUUUGAAACCUGUACCCAUUGUUAAGCCAAUUCCUAUUUUGAAGCCUGUGCCAAAGGUUGUUCCCAUUGUUAAGCCAAUUCCUAUCUUGAAGCCUGUACCAAAGGUUGUUCCCUUUGUUAAACCUAUACCAAAACCAAUUUUAGGGGACAAGCCUAUCCCUGGUGUUGAAUCAGAGGAAUUUCUAAAACCAAAGCCUUUCUUCAAAAAGCCUUUUCCUAAACUACCACUUCACCCCAAAUUGAAGAAACCAUUUCUACUACCAUUGCCAAUUAACAAGCCAAUUCCAACUCCAUGAGAUCAUAAUGCCCUAGCUAAAUCCUCGAACAAUAAAGUAUCUUAAAUUCAAUUGUGUUUGCAUGAUCCUUUCGUACUCCUCUCGUGUACUCUAUCUAGUAAAUGUUUCUGUUCAAUGAAGAUAUCGGUAUUAUCGUUUGUUGAUCGAUUAUAUUAAUGCAAGAAAUGGAACUAGUUUUUCAGU